UUUAAUAAUAAUUAAUAUUUAAAUAAAUAUAUAUAAAAAUAUAUAUAAAGAAUUUAAAAAUGGAUGAAGUAAAUCUUCGUAGACUUUCUUAUAAAGAAUUGCAGUCUCUAGCUGCCAGAUUUUGUGUUCCUGGCAACAUUAAGAAAGACAUAAUGAUUAAGGUGAUAAUUGCCGCCCAGCGCAAUGAUUAUUACGAAGUAAGAAAUAUAUUAAGUGGAAUCCAGCAUACGCGCAAGAAACGUUUUAAACAUUUGAAAUUAAUGGACGAGAAUCAACUGAUAGUAAAUCCAGCGCACAAUCAGAUGUAUCACAAUAAUUUUAUGCAGAACACGCGGCCUAUGUCAGUGCCACCAAUACCUUGGGCGUCAAGUAAAUUGGAAGUGUCAUCAGUAACGACUCCAGUCCAUCACUACCUGAUCCAACACUACCAGAACACAUUUCUCAAUACGUUCCCUCCAGCUUCACCCACACCCUCAAUUUUAUCUCUCCCACCCUCUCUGUCCCCUUACCCCCCUCCUCCCCUGACCCCAUUUCCUCCCGCCCCUGGCCCACUAGCUUCUCUGCUCCUGCCCCCUCGCAAGGACCCAUCCUGGCCGGCCCCUAUAAUGGACCUGCGUGUCGACCAAUCGCAGACCGACCAGUCUUCGCCCCUAGAUCUCCAACGGAAGACCAUUUUGCUGACCAGUCAGCAUCAGCCCCUGCCUCCAGAGUGUUCAGUUCUCAAGCAGUUACUCCAGUCGUCAUUAAACAGCAAAGAACCCGAUGAUUCCGAUACAAUGACAGCCAAUACCGACAGUACCGACGAAGCUUCUAUUAAUAACGACAAUUCCUACAUUCAUUCAUAUGAAAAUCCUCCGCCAUAUACUCCCCGUACUUCAUUUACUCCCCAACUUCAAUUUAAUCCCCACUCCGAGUCACUUAACCCCCACUCUGAUCUUCCACUUUACCCCCACUCAACUCCUAACCUUCAACUUCAUUCCCAACUUAAUCCCAACCUUCAAAUUCUCCCCUACCCCAAUCCUAAUCUUCAACUUCAUCCCCACUCUCAGUCUCAACUUCACCCCCAAUCUCAGUCUCAACUUCACCCCCACUCUCAGUCUCAACUUCACCCCCACUCUCAGUCUCAACUUCACCCCCACUCUCAUUCUCAACUUCACCCCCACUCUCAGUCGCAACUUCAACUUCAAUCCCAAUUAGUAUCAGCAGAUUUAUGGGAUUACCAAUCAAUCCAAUCAAUAAAUAAUCAGCAAUUAGAUUCUGAAUUAGAAAUUACAUCCUACGAAUCAUCAAAUAAAAUGAAUGUAAUUCAUAAUUACGAGCAAUACAACUACAGUUCAAUUGAACAAAAUGAAGUACAGUCUGAAGAAAAAAAUACAAAUUACUACCAAGACAUCAACGAAAACAAAAAUGGCUACUCCAUUAAUUACGAGCAUCGAUACAAUAAUAAUUACAUCAAUAAUUACAAUUCUAACCCCACUGAUGACAGGUGUAAUUUGAAUGACAGUUACGACAAUGAGUCAUUCGACAACUACGUGGACAACGAGAGCAUUAAUGCCAAUGGGCAUGACUACAUUAAUUGCCAGGGGUUCAAAACAAAGGAUUGUUUGAUUAACAACAACCAGCAUGGAGAGAACGACAGUAAUAUCAAUGAGCCGCUGAAGGAUUUGAUUAAUUACUCGAACACUUGGACAGUUUGUUCGAACAAAUCUCUUACGGACAAGAGUUUGUCCGCGACAUCUAUCGGCUCGUGCGAGGAAACGAGGGACGGAACUAAUGGCGGGCAGUUGGAAAGUAUUUUGAAUAUACGGGAUGUUAAUGACGGCAAUGAAGUUGAUGAAGAGAAAAUCAGUCAGACUUCGAGCGUUUACUGUUACUCGGAGCCGGUGACUUCUCCGAGGUUAAAUUACGAGGGAGACAAAGUUAGAAAUUUUAAAUUAAUUGCGGAAAAGAGGAGACAUUUGUUUGGGAUUAAGUACAAAGUUUAUGAUGACUCGCGCACUGGGAGAGCUAUGAGUCAGUUUGAGUCUCGCGAUUAAAAUUUAAGGGUUUUUUUUCUUUUGUUUGAUUUUUUUUUGGUUAUAAAUACGAUUUUGAGAACUUGGGUUUUUUAAAUUACGGCGGGAAUAUUUAAAUUGGCGGGAAAAAUUUUUAAAUUAUGGAAAAGUUUUUGGAGUUCCGGUGAUUGCUGGGAAUUUUUGGCUUGAGGUAAAAAAUGGCGGGAGAACGGAAAAUUUGAAUUGCGGUGAUUGUAAUUUUGAAUUUUAUUUAAAUUAUGAAUUUAAAUAAAUUUUGAUUUGAGCGCCCGCCAUUUGAAAUUCGCGCGCGCGCUGAUUUAGAUGUAGGGAAAUUUCAAACGAAGUCGAUAAAAAUUGACAUGGAAAAUUAUGAUUCUGGAAAAUUACUGGAAAUUUAUAUUUUUAAAAUCCAAGAGCUUAAAAUUUUGAAAUUAUUUUUUUAUUUUUAAAUAAAAUAUUAUGAGAAUUUAUGAAAAUAUAAAGGGAGUCAUAAAUAUAAAAUGAAGUUUAUGCAUUGAGGUUCAAUGCAAGUUGAAAUUUUAUUAUUUAUAAAAAAAAGUUAAUUAUGUUUUUUUUUUUUUUUAUUUUUAUUUUUGAAAUCUGAUGAAAAUUUGAUAGAUGAAAAUUUGGAAGUUAUUUUUUUUUAGGCUGAUAACUUAUGAACUGAAGUUUGUAACACUUUUUUAAAUUUGGUACUGAGUUUUUUUUGAUGAGAAAAGGAAUAUGAGAAUUGAGUAUUUGAGUAUGAAAGUGAUGGAAAAAUAUGAAAAUAUGUAAGAGAUAUUUUGUAAUACAGUUUUUUGAUAAAUAAAAAGAGUUUGUAACUCA